AUGUCCCAGGUGAUCAUCUGUCACUGCACCAAUUGCAAACGUAAUACCGGCUCCGGCUUUUCUGCCAACAUCGUUGUGCCGAAAUCCUCUUUUGAGUACACCAAAGGGUCGCCUAAGGUGUAUGUGGAUCGCAGCGAUAAGGACGUGCGCGUAUUGCGCGAAUUCUGUUCCGAUUGCGGGACACCAUUCACAUCAUCGAGUGAUGACGUGGAAUUCGCGGUGAAGUCAGGCACACUCGAUGAAGAGCACCGACUGAAUUGUGCAAACCUGGCAAGCGAAAUCUGGCAUAAUCGAAAAGAUAAAUGGGUGGACCAAUUACGAGAUGAGCGUGUUCGGAAGAUUAAUGGUAGCAUGGGUGCUUAG